AUGGCGGAACGGGGCCGCGACGGUGACGGCGGGGCGGACGGAUGUCGCGGACGAGACGGCGACGAUAAGUGUAGGUCUGCGAGCUCUCUGGGAAGACAAAACCGAGCCCAUCUGCUCCUACAUUGGCGAGGUCGGGCGGCGCGUGGUAGUCGGAGAAGGGCCGACGAGGUACUUCACGGCCGAAUUCACGUCGAACUUACAUUGACGGGACGGCGGCAAAUGGCGGACCGUAGAGAUCUCGUCCGGAGGAAGCAGUCCUCGAGCUCGGCGGCGGAGGAGGCGGCGUCGGCUGAGGCGAGUGAUGCUGUUAACAUAUAA